AUGGAUGAGGAGAAUGAAGUUGAACUUUUGCAAAGAUAUCGACGGGACAGGCGGAUACUCCUAGAUUUCAUACUUUCUGGUAGCUUGAUCAAGAAGGUUGUAAUGCCACCGGGUGCGGUGUCAUUGGAUGACGUGGAUCUGGAUCAAGUCAGUGUCGAUUAUGUCCUCAACUGCGCCAAGAAAGGUGAUAUACUUGAACUCUCAGAGGCUAUUCGGGACUACCAUGAUGGCACUUUUUUCCCCAGCAUGAAUAAUGCAGGUUCCUCAGAUGAAUUCUUUCUAGUCACAAAUCCUGAAUCUUCAGGUUCUCCUCCACGAAGGGCACCCCCAUCUGUCCCUGCUGUGGCCCCAACACCAAUUUUGUCGAGCCUUUCGGUUUCAGAACCUUUUGAGAGUGAACAAGCUGAGGAAUCACCAAGCUUGUCCAAUUCCCAGUCACUUAGCUCUACACAGUUUAAGGAAAAGGAAUUAACUGUGGAUGACAUUGAUGAUUUUGAAGAUGACAUUCUGGAGGAGGAUGAAAGCCGUAGAUAUUCCAGGAGAGUUCUGAACGAUGCAUCUGAUGUCGUUUUGGGAUUGCCUUCAUUUACUACUGGUAUUACAGACGAUGAUCUCCGUGAAACUGCUUAUGAGAUCCUCCUUGCAGCUGCUGGAGCUUCAGGGGGGCUCAUUGUUCCAUCGAAGGAAAAAAAGAAGGAUAAGAAAUCUAGAUUGAUGAAGAAGCUAGGGCGAAGUAAGAGUGAAAAUGUUGUGCAGUCACAAAAUUCUCAUGGUUUAGUUGGUCUGUUGGAGACUAUGCGUGUCCAGAUGGAGAUUUCGGAGGAAAUGGACAUCAGAACAAGACGAGCACUUCUCAAUGCCAUGGUUGGGAAAGUUGGAAAAAGAAUGGAUACUCUGUUGAUCCCAUUGGAGUUGCUAUGUUGCAUAUCACGUACGGAAUUUUCAGACAAGAAGUCUUACAUUAAAUGGCAGAAAAGACAAUUAAAUAUGUUGGAAGAAGGACUUGUAAAUCACCCCGUUGUAGGAUUUGGAGAAUCUGGGAGAAAAGCAAGUGAUCUGAAGGUUCUUCUGGGAAAGAUUGAGGAAUCUGAGUCUCUUCCGACAGCUACGGGAGAUCUUCAAAGGACAGAAUGCUUGAAAUCUCUGAAGGAUGUUGCUAUUCCACUAGCAGAGAGGGCUGCGAGAGGUGAUUUAACUGGCGAAAUAUGCCAUUGGGCAGAUGGUUAUCACCUAAAUGUCAGAUUGUAUGAGAAACUAUUGCUCAGUGUCUUUGAUGUUUUGGAUGAGGGGAAGCUUACUGAGGAAGUGGAAGAAAUGUUGGAGCUUUUCAAGUCAACUUGGCGUAUUCUAGGAAUCACAGAAACUAUUCAUCAUAUGUGCUAUGCAUGGGUGUUAUUUCGGCAGUUUGUCAUCACAGGCGAGCAAGAUAUUCUGCAGCAUGCUAUUGACCAGUUGAAGAGAAUACCUUUGAAGGAGCAACGGGGCCCACAGGAAAGGUUGCACCUGAAAAGCUUGAGUUGCAGAUUUCAGAAUGAGAAGGGUCUUCAGGAGUUGACUUUCUUGCAAUCAUUCCUAUUACCUAUUAAAAAAUGGGCAGAUACACGACUGACCGAUUACCAUCUCCAUUUUCCUGAGGGGUCAAAAAUGAUGGAGAAUGCAGUAGUUGUUGCCAUGGUUGCUCGGAGGCUUCUUCUUGAAGAACCUGACUUAUUGUCAAUGCAGUCUGCAUCUCCCACAGACAAAGAGCAAAUAGAGAUAUAUGUGUCAUCUUCAGUCAAGCUCGCCUUUGCCAGAAUCACACAGGACAUCGAAAUGUUGUCUGACACAACGAAUGAACAUCCUUUGGCCUUACUUGCUGAACAUACAAAAAAGCUAAUGAAAAAAGAUAUGUGUGUGUAUUUACCCAUACUAUCCUUGCGGCUUCCCAACGCAAGUGCUGUUUCUGCAUCUCUCAUUCACAAGUUCUAUGGCAUGAAACUGAGACCUUUUCUUGAUAGUGCUGAACAUCUCACUGAGGAUGUUGUAUCUGUGUUUCCGGCUGCUGAUGAUCUCGAGAAAGAUUUGGUAGCUGUCAUCACAUCUACAUGUGAAGAGGGAGCUGCAGAGGCUUAUCUCAAGAAACUAAACAUGUAUAAGAUUGAGACCAUCUCUGGAACGCUGGUGUUGCGAUGGGUCAAUUCGCAACUUGCCAGAAUAUCGGCCUGGGUUGAACGAGUUCUUCAACAGGAGACAUGGGUGUCCGUCUCAGCUCAGCAAAGGCAUGGAAGUUCAAUUGUUGAGGUCUACAGGAUUGUGGAGGAGACAGUUGAUCAAUUCUUUGCUCUUACUGUUCCAAUGAGGCCGACAGAGUUAAGUAGCCUCUUCCGUGGUAUUGAUAAUGCAUUCCAAGUAUAUACCAAGCAUGUUCUUGACAGCCUAGCUGACAAGGCGGACAUAAUCCCCCCUGUGCCGACUCUCACGCGAUAUAGAAAAGAAGGUGGGAUUAAAGCUUUCGUGAAGAAGGAACUAACAGAUACAAGGCUGCCUGAUGUUCGAAAGUCAAGUGAUAUCAAUGUUUCAACCACACAAACGCUUUGUAUUCAAUUGAAUACCCUUUAUUAUGCGAUUACACACUUGAAUAAAUUGGAAGAUAGCAUUUGGGAGAGAUGGAAUAAAAAAAAUCACAUUCAGCCUCAGCCAACAAAAAGAUCCGCUGAAGAUAGCUUGAGAAAAUCUAUUCGGAAGGACAGUUUUGAUGGAAGCAGAAAAGAUAUCAAUGCAGCUAUUGACCAAAUCUGUGAAUUUACUGGAACUAAAACAAUUUUCUGGGAUUUGAGAGAGCCAUUCAUUGACGGCCUCUAUAAGCCGAGUGUCCCUCUGUCUAGGUUGGAAACCCUGGUUGAGCCUCUUGACAUGGUACUCAAUCAGCUGUGUGAUAUCAUAGUGGAGCCCCUUCGGGACCGUGUCGUGACCGGACUUCUUCAAGCAUCAUUGGAUGGCUUGAUCCGUGUAUUAUUAGAUGGAGGGCCAUCACGUAUGUUUACUCCAGCUGAUGCUAGGCUACUGGAAGAAGAUUUGGACGUUUUGAAGGAAUUCUUUAUUUCUGGAGGGGACGGUCUCCCUCGAGGAGUUGUGGAAAACCAAGUGGCACGUGCCCGGCAGGUGAUUAAAUUGCAUGGCUAUGAGACUCGGGAGCUGAUAGAAGAUUUGAGAUCAGCAAGUGAGAUGGAGAUGCAAGGCGGGAGGAGUAAAUUGGGUGCCGAUACAAAGACACUUAUAAGGAUUCUCUGUCACCGGAGCGAUUCAGAAGCUUCUCAGUUCCUCAAGAAACAGUACAAAAUCCCAAAAUCUGUGGCUUAG